AUGAGCAUUCCGGUCCACUCGACUCCCCCUGACGCCAGGACGACGUACAUCAUUGACCAGCUCGAGGGCGAGCGCGUCACGAUCCCCGGCAGCAAGGGUGUUUUCAGAAUUCUUGCAUCUUCAAAACAGACAAACGGUGGUAUUGCCGUCUUCUCCAGCGGAGCUGUCCUUUCCGAUGCGCCCGGUUUCCACUGGCACGCGGAAGCUCACGACGUCUUCCUCGUGACCAAGGGUUACUUGAAGCUAUGGAACGGCGACAAGUGCAGGAUCAUGGGUCCUGGUGACUUUGCCUAUGUUCCCCCUAAAGUUAUUCACAACCCUGAGCUUCUGGGCCCUCACACGGAAACCUUGGGCUUGGUCGCUCCUGGUGACUGGGUAGACUUCUUCCGCUAUGUCGGAGAGACAUACAAGGGCGUUAUCGUACCAGAAAACGACAACCGCGACCUUAAGAGCUUGUUGAUCCCCAAGGUCAUGGCCGCAAAGGACCGCUUUGAUGUUCACUUUGAGCGCAACUACACGCCUCCCGAGGUCUCAGACUGGCAGGAGAGCGAAAACGUCCUCCCGGGACCUCUGGAGCCCUACUUCCUCCGUGCGAACACCGGCCCUAGAUACAUCCUCGGCGGUGUUCUGUCGCGUCCUUUCAUCAAUGCCUCGCAGUGCAGCGGCAAGUUCGCCAUUACCAGCCUCGAGUCCUCUAAGCUGUACGAGAAGUCGCCUCUUUCAAGGUGGCUGACGUUCCCCACGGUGGACCACUGCUUCUGUGUCCAGGAGGGCGUGCUCAAGAUCAAGCUGAAAGAGUCUGGAGAAUGGACUGAGGUCCGCGAGGGACAGACUCUCCUGGUUUCUGUCGGACAGGCCUUUACGCUCGAUUUUGGCACCCGGUUUGUAAGGGCUAUUGUAUUUACAAACGGCCCUGGCAUUGAGACCCUGAUUGAGACGGCGGGUGAGGCAUACUCAAGUUUCGUGCUGCCGGAGGAGAGCGUUGAGUGGAAGGAGGAUCGCCUCUCGGAGGCGGCCAAGACUUUGGGCGUUGUUGCUGAGGCGUUGUAA